AUGGAAAGUGAAGGAAGCUCAGAUGUCUAUGAAUCGGAAGAAGAGUUUGAUUCUCCAGAUACGGAAGAAGAGUUUGAUUCUCAAGAGAUAAGAGAAGAAGCACGGCCAGGUUCCCCCCACACCGAUGUGGAACUAUCUCAUAACAUCCAUGGUAAUCGCAGUUCCCAUGGUGAUGGUGUACAUCUGGAGGCCGGUGGUGAACCUAGCAAUCUAGAUCAAGCUCCAAAUGAUGAAGUUCAUAAUGAUGAAAUUUCGGAAGAAGUUCCAGCUGAUGGAGCUCCAGAUGAUGAGGUUCCUGAUGAACAAAUCGAGCAACAUGUUCCUUUCUCGGUAGCAAUCACCGUCGACGUCCCAGGAGAUGGUCAAAUGGCGGCCGUACCACCACAUUUUCGUAAAGUAGAUGAAAUGUCCUAUACCCCCAAACUGGUCUCCAUCGGCCCUAUUCAUCAUAAUAGGAAGAGUUUGUGGCUGACGAAAGAAAAGAAAAGGCAGUUUCUUGGGACUUUUCCGGAUGAGAAGAACAAAGAAUUACGAUGGAAAAUGGGAAAAUGGGAGGCGAGAGUUAGAAGAUGCUAUUCAAUGACUUUCCAAGGGAUAAGCAGCGCUGAUUUCGUGGACAUGCUGGUGAUUGAUGGUUGCUUCAUUGUAUUACUACUUCGCCUCGAUCACAAAUGGAGCAAGGAGGGAGUUGAUGCUACUGACAACCCUAUAUUUUCAACAAGAUGGAUGCUGCCAGAAAUUGGUCGUGACUUGUUGAUGAUUGAAAAUCAGCUUCCUUUGUUCGUGCUUAAGGAGAUAUUUAACGUAACAAAGCUAAUGCCUAAUGAAACUUCUUUUGAAGAAGUUGCUCUCGAAUUUUUCAAAUCCUAUCACAUUGGAAAGGAAGCUAUGGUCAUCAAGAAACACCAUACAGAAGGCCACCAUGAACAUUUACUUGAUUUGUUUCAUUCCUUGUAUUUAACACCCAAAUCUUCUGAUUCAGGUGCAGCUCAAAAAAGACGGAAAAACAAGAAACCACUCAUGGACCGCCCAAGUGUGCGAGGUAAAAACUGGGUACCGAGUGCCACAGUAUUAAAAUCCUCUGGUGUUAGAUUCUAUGCAAAGGAAGGUAACUCCCUUGAAAUCCAGUUCAGAAGGGGAAGAUUGAGCGGAAUAUUGAGUAUUCCCAGCAUUUCCAUUGAUGAGAGCUCUAUUAUCAUCCUUAAAAACUUGUUGGCAUAUGAACAAAGCUCUAGAGGUAUAGAACCAUUAUUUACCUCUCUAGUGUUGUUCUUUUCCAGCAUGGCAUCUGUGCCUGAUGACAUCAAACUCCUAAGAGAAGCAUCCAUCAUUCUCCACCAGCCUGGUGAUGAUCAAAUGCUCAUUGAAGUCCUGAAACUUCUCAGCAAGCAGCUAGAGUGCGACGUGAGGGAUUGCUCCAUGAAACAGCAGGUGGAAGAUAUCAGAGCAUUUUGUGGUUGCAACUUAGUCAAAUUUUGGAACGCCAUAGGACGCAGUCUUGCACAAAAUGCAGCCGGUUUCAUUUUGAUGUACGUGGCUUUAGUUUUAACCUUUUCAGUGGACAACUUUCGUUUUAGAUUAUGA